AGAAUAGAGAGCAAGGGCAGAGAUCUUGUAUAUAUAUAGUGUGUUGAAGCCAAGGAUCCUUUGGUAGUACCACAAGGAAAGGAAGCAGCCGAGUGGAGCGAGAAACUAACAAAGGCACAGUGUCCUGAGGAUUACAAUCCACAAGACCCAAAAAAGAAAAAAGCCAAGAAACAUCAUGCGAAGAUUUCCAUGUGGUGAAGGCAGUGGCCUAAAGAAAGGGCCCUGGUCUUCUGAGGAAGACAAGAAGCUUCUUGAUUUCAUCCAGCAGCACGGCCAUGGAAGCUGGAUCUCUCUCCCUAAACGUGCAGGUCUAAAUAGAUGUGGCAAGAGCUGCAGAUUGAGAUGGAUAAACUACUUGAGGCCGGACAUCAAAAGAGGGAGUUUCUCCCCGGAAGAGGAACAAACCAUCUUACAUCUCCACUCCGUGCUCGGAAACAAGUGGUCGGCGAUCUCCACGCGACUCCCGGGCCGGACCGAUAAUGAGAUCAAGAAUUACUGGAACGCCCACCUGAAGAAGAAGCUGAUCCGCAUGGGCUUCGACCCGGUGACUCACCGGCGGAGAACAGACGUUUUCUCGUCGAGCUUGUCGCAGCUCAUAGCCCUGGCGAACCUGAGCAGGCUGAUCGGUUCUCGAGCGGUGGACGAAUCGGCGCUCAGAUUACAACCCGAUGCUCUUCAAUUCGCUAGCAGUCUUCAGUACUUACAGGGUCUUCUCCAAUCUCCAGCCUCAGCCACAGCCAGCAACAACAAUCUAUUCAGCCAAACUUCGUGCAUUACAGAGACAACCCACGAUUAUAACGCGUACGACCCUAUCAAAGAAGACCCGGAUUUUAAUUCGUUAUUGUCAACGACGAAAUUAUUUUCCGAGGGAAUCGCCAGUUUCUCUCAACCACUCCAAGACAAUAAUUUCGCCAGCCAUCAUCAUUUAACAUCCAAUAAUUUGACAAACCCACCACCACUAGUCCCUUUCAGCUUCCAAACCUCGUUGCACAGCCAAGUCGAGAGGACGACGACGAGUCGAUGUCUCUCCGUGGUUGACGGGGUUGAUCAUCAUCUAGACUCUACGGAGUCCGCUCUAUGGUGCGACUACAAUGAUCUCGAUCUUUUUCUUCCUCCUCCUUUGACUGAAGCAUCCGUGGUCACGGACCACUGCGACGCCAAUGGCGGCGCUUCCGGAGGUUCUCCUUCUUCGGCUACUUCAUCUUGGAGCGAGAUUUUCUUCAGAGACCCGGCGGUGCAUUGAGAUGGAUCUGUCUCUCCUAUAAGUUUUACUGUAAAAAAGUGUGAUUGAGUGAUUGUUUGCACGAGUGCUUUUUCUUUGUCACUGUACACACACCGUCUUGUUACAUAGAUAUGGUUCUUGUGCUUUUAGGCAUGCGUAAAUCACACACUUUAUAUCGGCAUAUACGGCAUACGAGCGAGCAUGUAGGGACGGGCGUUAGAUCUGCAUGGAGGUCUCGUGCAAUCCAUAAAUCCAUAUUGUGUACAUAUUUUUGGAACAAUCUGAUCCUGAGUUUUCUGUUAA